AUGAAAGGCCGAGGUAAUGUAGAAUGGGUAGAAAAAACUUUAAAUUUUCUUUCUGGGGGCAAACUCGAUACUUGUUUACAGAGCUUGGUACUCUCAUGCGACGUCAACAGUUUUCUAAAAGUGAUUGAGGAUAGUGACGUGGAUCAAGACUUGAAAACGAGGAUUCUUCAUGCCACCCCGCAACAAAAUGACAACUGCAAGAAAUGCCUCACUGCAGCCAAUUGGAACGAUGUUGAAGGGGCAAAACAUGCAUUGCCCGAGUUUUUAAAAACAUGGGCUACCAAAAGAAACAAAAAAGAUAUUGAUGCGUUUAUUAAAAAGUAUGGUUUCAGAUACCACAACAAGCUCAACCCACAAGGAAUCAAGUUGUAUAUAGGAGGUACUCAUAAGCGCACUCUGGAAGAUGUUUUCAAUGAAUUGAUGACUCUAUUGAACAACCUCGAGAAAGACAAUGUUCCUCAGGAAGUGCCCACCAACAAAAACCAUAUAGAAUCUCUCAACUGCUCGACAUCAAAUUGUACCAGAGCAAUCCAGCAUCUUUGUCGCAAUCACUCACAGAAUGGUAUCGAUUCGAGGAUUGAAAGAUUUGUAAGACAUGACGAGUAUUAG